GCCUUCUCCCGCAGCCACUCGGCCUCCCAGGGGACAGCUCCAAACGACCGGCACAGGCAUCUGAGGACCCAGCCUCAGGGAUGCUGACCCUGGUUUCCAGGUUACGGAUUCGCGGGACCGGGCCUGGCUCCAGCGAGAGGAAGAAACCCGAGCUGACCUGACCGGCGCUUUUCGGCAGAGUCCCAGAAGGGAGACUGGAAGCUGGACCACGAGGCCGUAGGGGCUUCUCACAGUCUGCCCAGAGAGGGCUGAAUCGGAGGAAGAGCAGAAUCUUCAGAACCGGUGGGAGGUGGUGAUCAUGGCGACAGAUUUGACCGAAAUGUCCGAGGAAAGAGUUCUGUCUUCUCCGGACUCUCCCUUUAACCAAGAGAAAAGCACAGAAGAGGGAGAAGUGGCAGCUCUGCGCCUCACAGCCAGGUCCCAGGCAUCAGUGACAUUCAAGGAUGUGGCUAUGGACUUUACCCCAGAGGAGUGGGGAAAACUGGAUCCUGCACAGAGAGACAUGAUGUUGGAGAACUAUAGGAACCUCGUCUCAUUUUGGCUUCCAGUUUCCAAACCUGAUAGCUACAAUUUGGAGAAUGAAAAGGAAACACUGAUGCUUGAGAGAAAAACUCCCAAAAGCAGCUAUUCAGACUUGGAGACUAGACCUACAAGCAACAGCUCAACUACAAUAGAAGAUUUUUCCAAUGAAGAAUCAUGCCAGGUUGCACUUGUAGGUGGACUGGCAAAGAACAAUGUCUAUGAAUCCAACUUGGAAACAACUCUGGAAUGUGAGAAUUGGCUAGAGAAUCAGCAAGAAAAUCAAGAGGGACAUUUAGAAAUGUUCACCCAAGUGAAAUCUCUCCCUGAAGAAACAGUUUGUGAGCAUGAUAUAUAUUGGAAAAACUUUGGCCAAAACUCUGUCAUCCUCACCCAGGAUAGAGUUCCCAAAGGAUCCUAUGCCUUUCAUGCACUUGAAAAAAGAUCAAAACAAAAACCAAACUUAUUGAAGAAGCAGAGAACCUAUAAGGAGAAAAAACCUCAUAAAUGUAGUGAUUGUGGUGAACUGUUUACUUACCAUUCAGUGCUUAUUCGACACCAGAGAGUCCAUACAGGAGAGAAACCCUAUAGCUGCAAUGAAUGUGGGAAAUCUUUUAGCCAUAGAGCUAAUUUAACUAAACAUCAGAGAACUCAUACCAGAAUUCUUUUUGAGUGCAGUGAAUGCAAGAAAGCUUUUACAGAGAGUGCAUCCCUUGCAAUACAUCAGAGAAUUCACAUUGGAGAGAGACCAUAUGAAUGCAGUGAGUGUGGAAAAGGUUUUAAUCGAAGUACACAUCUUGUGCAGCAUCAGCUGAUUCAUACUGGAGUAAAACCUUAUGAAUGUAAUGAAUGUGAUAAAGCUUUCAUUCAUUCAUCAGCACUCAUUAAACAUCAGAGAACUCAUACUGGAGAGAAACCUUAUAAAUGUCAGGAAUGUGGGAAAUCCUUCAGCCAUUGCUCAUCUCUUACAAAACAUCAGAGAGUCCAUACUGGAGAAAAGCCAUAUGAAUGUAGUGAGUGUGGAAAAACCUUUAGUCAGAGCACUCAUCUUGUUCAGCAUCAGAGAAUUCAUACUGGAGAGAAACCCUAUGAGUGUAAUGAAUGUGGGAAAACUUUCAGCCGGAGCUCCAAUUUUGCUAAACAUCAAAGAAUUCAUAUUGGGAAAAAACCAUACAAAUGUAGUGAAUGUGGAAAAGCCUUCAUUCAUUCUUCAGCUCUUAUUCAACACCAGAGGACUCAUACUGGGGAGAAACCCUAUAAAUGUAAUGAAUGUGGAAAAAGCUUUAAAUGCAGUUCAUCCCUUAUCAGACAUCAGAGAAUUCACACUGAAGACCAAAAUAUGUCUUUGCAGGAUUCCACUUUUCCCCCAAAGGGGAACACAGAAAUUAUGACUGCUAUGGUUUAUUCCAUUGGAACUCUGAGUCCUGAGGUUUCCCAGCCAGAUGAAGAUAUUCACCUUCAGGGAGAAGAACCAGAAUUGGCAAAGGAAUCAGUGACAUUUAAAGAUGUGGCUAUAGACUUCACGCUGGAAGAGUGGCGGUUGAUGGACCCCAUACAGAGGAAUCUGCACAAAGAUGUGAUGCUAGAGAAUUAUAGAAACCUUGUUUCCCUGGGCCUUGCAGUUUCUAAACCAGAUAUGAUUUCUCAUUUGGAGAAUGGAAAAGGACCAUGGGUUAUAGUGCAAGAAAUUUCAAGAACCCCCUAUCCAAAGUUGGACACUAAACCUGCCACCAAGAAUGCUGUACCAGCAGAGGUUAUUUCUACAGAAAAUUUACCACAGAAACCUGUAAUUGAGAAACUAACAGAAAAUGGCCUAUGGGAUUCCAGAAUGGGAGGAUUGUGGAAAUGGAAUAACAGAAUAGUAAAACUGCAAAAUAGUCAGGAGAGUCAAUUGACUCAGAAAAUAAUAACACAAAAGGAAAUUCCCACUGGCCAAAGAGGCCUUAGAUUUGGAUCUAUUCUUUUCCCAGAACCAGGAGUUAUCACAGAAGAGAUUCAUAGUAUAUGUCAAACAUAUGAGGAAAAAUGCACAGAGAAUUUAGAUUUUAUUACAAAGAUCCAUUUGGGGAAGAAAACUUACACAGAUAAAGAUGGCAGCAAAACCACAAAGCCUACUUCAGAACUUAUCUUAGGGGAGAAAAACAGUAAUAAAGAUAAACCCUUUAAAUGUAGCACAUGUGAAAAGACCUUUCGUUAUAGAUCAUUACUCAUUCAGCAUCAGAGAACUCAUACUAAAGAAAAACCUUAUGCAUGUAGUGAAUGUGGGAAAAUGUUCAGCCAGCCUUCAUAUCUUAGUCAACAUAAAAAAAUUCAUACUGGAGAAAAACCCUACAAAUGUAAUGAAUGUGGAAAGGCCUUCAUUGCUUCUUCAUCACUUAUGGUACAUCAGAGAAUUCAUACUAAGGAGAAACCUUAUCAAUGCAAUGUCUGUGGAAAAUCUUUUAGCCAAUGUGCCCGCCUUAAUCAGCACCAGAGAAUUCAAACUGGAGAGAAGCCCUACAAAUGUAGUGAAUGUGGAAAAGCUUUUAGUGAUAAAUCAAAACUUGCAAGACAUCAGGAAACUCACAAUGGAGAGAAGCCCUAUAAAUGUAAUGAUUGUGGGAAAGCCUUUAGGAAUAAAUCAUAUCUUAGUGUACAUCAGAAAACCCAUACUGAAGAGAAACCAUAUACAUGUAAUGAAUGUGGAAAAUCCUUCAAGAAUACCACAAUUUUUAACGUUCAUCAGAGAAUUCAUACUGGAGAGAGACCCUUUAGAUGUAAUGAAUGUGGAAAAGCAUAUAGAAGUAACUCAAGCCUUAUUGUUCAUAUAAGAACUCAUACUGGGGAAAAACCCUAUUCAUGCAGUGAAUGUGGGAAAGCAUUCAAUCGCAUAGCAAAUUUCACAGAACAUCAGAGGAUUCAUACGGGAGAAAAACCUUAUAAAUGUAAUGAAUGUGGGAAAGCCUUUAUUAAUUAUUCAUGCCUUGCUGUACACCACAGAAUGCAUACAGGAGAGAAACCUUAUAAAUGUAAUGAAUGUGGAAAGGCCUUUAUGCGUUCUUCAUCUCUAAUUAUACAUCAGCGAAUUCAUACUGAAGAGAAACCUUACCUGUGUAAUGAAUGUGGAGAAUCUUUCAGAAUAAAAUCACACUUAACUGUACAUCAAAGAAUUCAUACUGGGGAGAAACCAUAUAAAUGUACUGACUGUGAAAGGGCCUUUACCAAAAUGGUAAACCUCAAGGAACAUCAGAAAAUUCAUACUGGAGUGAAACCCUAUAAAUGCUUUGAUUGUGGAAAAUCCUUCAGGACUAAGUCAUACCUUAUUGUACACCAAAGGACACAUACUGGAGAAAAACCCUAUAAAUGUAAUGAAUGUGAGAAAGCUUUCACAAAUACAUCGCAGCUUACUGUGCAUCAAAGAAGGCAUACCGGAGAAAAACCCUAUAAGUGUAAUGAAUGUGGAAAAGUUUUCACAAGUAACUCAGGCUUUAAUACUCAUCAGAGAACACACACUGGAGAGAAACCAUUUAAAUGUAAUGACUGUGGGAAAGCAUUUAGCCAGAUGGUACAUGUCACAGAACAUCAAAAAAUUCAUAGUGGAGAGAAACCAUACAAAUGUGAUGUCUGUGGAAAAGCCUUUAGGAGGGGGUCAUAUCUUACAGUACAUUGGAGAACACAUACUGGUGAAAAACCCUAUACAUGUAAAGAAUGCGGGAAAGGUUGUAUUACUCUAUCACAAUUAACUCUACACCAGAGAAUUCAUACUGGGGAGAGGCCCUAUAAGUGUGAAGAAUGCGGAAAGGCUUUUAGGACUAAUUCAGACUUCACUGUACAUCUGAGGGUGCAUACUGGAGAAAAACCAUAUAAAUGUAGUGAAUGUGGAAAAGCCUUUCGAAGUAGCUCAAGUCUUAUCGUACAUCAAAGAAUACAUCAGAGAGAAAAGCCUUAUAAAUGUAAUGUGUGUGGGAAGAAGUUUAGGAAAAACCCAUCCUAUGUGAAACACCAAAGUACCCAUGCCAAAGAGAAGUCUUAUGAGUGUGAAGAAUGUGGGAAAGAAUUUAGGCACAUCUCAUCCCUUAUUGCACAUCAGAGAAUGCAUACUGGAGAAAAACCAUAUGAAUGUCACCAGUGUGGUAAAGCCUUCAGCCAGCGUGCACACCUUACUAUACAUCAGAGAAUUCAUACAGGAGAGAAACCCUAUAAAUGUGAUGACUGUGGGAAAGACUUUAGUCAACGUGCACACCUUACUAUACAUCAAAGGACACAUACUGGAGAAAAACCAUACAAAUGCUUGGAAUGUGGCAAAACUUUUAGCCACAGUUCAUCACUGAUUAAUCACCAGAGAGUUCAUACUGGAGAGAAACCUUAUAUAUGCAAUGAAUGUGGGAAAACCUUCAGUCAGAGUACACACCUUCUUCAGCAUCAAAAAAUACAUACUGGGAAAAAACCAUAUAAAUGCAAUGAGUGUUGGAAAGUGUUUAGUCAGAGUACUUACCUUAUUCGACAUCAGAGAAUUCAUUCUGGAGAGAAGUGUUAUAAAUGUAAUGAAUGUGGAAAAGCCUUUGCUCAUUCCUCAACUCUUAUUCAACAUCAGACGACUCAUACUGGAGAGAAAUCCUACAUAUGUAACAUAUGUGGGAAGGCCUUCAGCCAGAGUGCAAAUCUUACUCAACAUCAUAGAACACAUACUGGAGAGAAACCAUAUAAAUGCAGUGUGUGUGGGAAAGCCUUCAGCCAGAGUGUACACCUUACUCAGCAUCAGAGGAUUCAUAAUGGAGAAAAGCCCUUUAAGUGUAAUAUAUGUGGGAAAGCAUAUAGACAGGGUGCAAAUCUUACGCAGCAUCAAAGGAUUCAUACUGGAGAGAAACCCUAUAAAUGUAAUGAAUGUGGGAAAGCCUUUAUUUAUUCUUCAUCACUUAAUCAACAUCAGAGAACUCAUACUGGAGAAAGACCCUAUAAAUGUAAUGAAUGUGAUAAAGAUUUUAGCCAGAGAACAUGCCUUAUUCAACACCAGAGAAUUCACACAGGAGAGAAGCCCUAUGCAUGCCGUAUAUGUGGUAAAACCUUCACCCAGAGUACAAACCUCAUUCAGCAUCAGCGUGUUCAUACAGGUGCCAAAAAUCGUAAUUAACCAAUAUGGGAGACUUCAUUUUGAUUUUAUAAGUCAUUUACAUUUUAUUUUGUACUCUUUAAAACAUUCAGAGAAAUCCAAAGUAAGUGCAAUAUAUGUUAGAUAUUACUCAGUAGACGUAUCAGAAUUAGUUAUGUGGGUAUAACCUAUUUAAGCUUAAUGUGAACUUUAAGGAUAGUUAUUUACUUAACCUUUACUUGAUAUCAGUUUAAUUCAUUCAAGAAACAUGAAAGUAAGAGUAUUCAAAAACUUUUGACUCAUCAACUCUUCCUGUAAUUCAAGUACUUUCUUAAUGAGGCCUUAUGACUAACUUGGGAAAGCUUCGAUCAAGUAGAGAUUUCACAUUAGAGAGCUACCCUGGCAUUAUAGAAAUAAGACUGCUGUUAAGUCUUUAUUUCUUACCAGCUUUGAAGCCUUAAGUAUGUAGAAGGUUCCCUUCCCCCUUUUAACUUCUUUUUUCCAUUAAUGCCAUACUAUAAUGGGAAGCCAGCAGAUUCUCAAAAAGAAAAAACUUAGAAGUAUCUUAGUGGUUUCUAUGUGACCACUAUUUAAUUUACAUGUUCUUUUAAAUAGUAAGGAAGAGGAGCUUAAUGGAUGAUACUCUUAUGAUAAAUAAACUAGUGUUGUGUAUAUAUAUAGACAAGUAUAUAAAUUUAGUUAACUAUAAAAAUUAAACACCCCCACUUAAAUUAACAUUUAAAACAUACUGGCCUCAGUUUCACUAGUUUUUGGCAUCUGAGGUCAUCCCAAAGGAAAAAAUAAGUAUAUAGUAUAGCUUCCCUUUUUGUUAACCUGAAUUCAGAACUUAAGGUUUCCUGUGACUGUUGUACUAUAAAAUGUACAUUUCUUCCAUUGAAAUACUAAUUUUUGAAUGCCUGUGCUGAGGGCCCAAGUUCCUAAUUGCAGCCUUUCAAGGCUUAGUUGAGUACUGAAUAUCAGCAGUGAUUUAAGCAACAAAAAGCAUGAUGAAAGAUUACAAAAGACAUGAUUUUAACUGUCAUGGGAUGAGCAUAAGAAAACUAAAAAGGAUAGCUAAAUGCUAGCCCAUAUCCCAAGAUAAAAAAGUAAUUAGAGCAGCUUUAUAAAUAAUGUCAUAAAGGUGAACAGAGUAGAUUUGACCUGCAGAAAGUAGGUGAAGGAUAUAAAAUCAAGGUGAAGAAAAGAAGACAUAAGUAACAUAAAAUGAAGUGUUACUGAACUUGGUUUACUUAAAGUGACUAAAACAAAUCAGCCUGUUUAUAAAAGCAUGAAAUUAUUUUAAAGUGCUAACUGGAAUUAGUAUUCUUUCAUAUAAUAAGGUAGAGAUUCUUAGAAUAUCAGGAAAAAUUGAAAAAAAUUCAUUGGGAAAAAUGCUGAUUCAGAAACUCAUUGAUAUGCUAAUCAUUAAACAGUAAAAUAAUUGAAUUUGUGGGUCCUAAACAACAAAAGGAGCACUGGCAGAAAUGCAAAUGGAAUUAAGGGGGAAAAAAUAGUGUUAAUAUCCAUAUCAUACCAUUAUCAGAAUAUAAGAUCAUAUUCUGAGAGCUGAGAUUUUUAUCUCUUGUUUCUUCGGUGCCUUGCAUAUAGUAGGUGAUCUCUAUAUAUAUAUUGGUUGAAUUAAUAAGUAGAAUUAAGUAAUAAGAUAGAAUUAACUGAUAUGGAGUAAAGUAGAAAGAAUUUCAAAUAUUUUUUAUGCAUACAUGCAAAGAGAUUUAAUAAAUACUGGUUCAUUUACUGGAUAAUAGGAACAAUUUGAAAAUGAAUCAAAUUCCCAGUUCUUUGAAAACAUUCCUAAAGGAAUUAUGGGGAUCUUUGCACCAGAAGUUUCCAGAGCAAGGUAAAGGGAAAACAUGGGGAUUCUACUGCCAUAAUACCACAUUAAACGUAUAAUGACCACACAUCUUCAUUUGGACAUUACUAUUUACGAAAACACCCUCCAAACAGUUAUAGAAGGAGACUUAGAUUGCUAAUUUGAGUGUUUUCUUCCAGAAAUUUUUGCUUUCCCACAUUAGUUAGCCUUGAUGUCAUGGAAGCAUCCUUCACAAAGUGCAUAUCAUCUCCAGAUUGCAUAAUAUCCAGAUUAUGCUUAUGCCAUAGUUAUGUUUAAAAAAAAAGAAAACAUUGUAUUUAAGAUGCAAUUUUUAUAAUGCCACGUCAUAACCUUACACAUUUUUCUCUUAGAAUGAAUGUGUGUUGUAGAGUCCCUAGGCCUUUCUUUGUGUUAAUUUGUAUUUCCUGCCUUUGUGUUUUAUGUAAAUAAUGCAUUUAUAAAGUCUUCCACAAAUAGACUGAGGCAACUAAUGCCCUUAUAAAAUAAUAGAAUAGUGGAGAAUCCUAAAUCUUUGUUUACUUUUAACUACCCACUUUUACAGUUGUCUGAUUCAAGGUUAUAGCAGAAAAUCAACUGUAUGCCACUUCGAUUUAAAAGUAGCUUCUUUGACAUAUUAUUCACAAAUAUUUAAGCAUGCAUCACCAAAAAAAAAAAGUCUUUCAUAAACCCCAAUACCAUUUGAGGUCAGAUCUCAAAAAAUGAACAGUAAUUUCUUAAUUUCUAAACCUUAAUCCAUGUUUAAAUUUUUUCCUGUUUAUUCAGUCAAAUCACAUCACAUUAGAUCGUUAUCUGCUUCAUCUCUGGAAUAAUCUCCCACCUUUUUUCCCCAGGGUAUUUUUUUUUUUAAUAGAUCGAUUGUCUUAUACCCAGCAUUUAACUCUUUGUAUGUGGUUUAUCUUAUUCCUGUAUUUCCUAUGAUUUAUAUAAAUUGUCAGCUCCAAAGGCUUGACUGGAUUCAGGUUAAACAUCUUAACAUUGACACCUCACAGAUGUAUUUUCUAUUAUAUCGCAUCUAAAUUUUCAUUAAUGUCUGAUAGACCUAUCAGUGAUGUAAAAUUUGAUCAACUGACUGAAGUGGUAACCGCCCUACCUUCCCAAUGUAAAGGUCAUAUUUUUUUCUAUUAUGGAUAACAGAUAAUCUGUGGACUAACAUUUUGACAGCAUAUGGGUAUCAAGCAAUCUUUCACUGAUGGUUUCAAUAAUGAUCCUUCUUUGAAUCAUUUCAUCAAGCAAAAUCAAGACUUCCUAAUUCUACCUUUCAAAAUUGAUAUGGCCAUUCUUUAAGGAAGAGCUUUCCCUCAUCAAUUGGAAAUUAAAUGGGCUCAGUUCUUUAAUUGCCUAUUUUCAGAGUAAGAAGUUGGUAAUGAUUACAAAUAAUACAAUGUGCUAAAAUAAUUUGUUUCUAAUGUUCAAAUUGUCCCCAGAUUUGACCAGUUAAAACCUUUCAAGUUGCUCUCAUGUCCUUUGACAUUCCUUCUCUGGUCUUUGGGCACAUAAUUGUCUUUGACAAAAGAUAUCUCAGGUUCACCUUGCACUUUUCAAUGCCACAGAAAUGGAAUGAGCCAUUUCUCCAGGAAUCCCUGGCUCUUUAGUAGACAACUACUUAGAAACCAAGAUCUGGGUACCAGACAUGCUCAUUGCUACCAGGGUGUCAUUAGCAAAUAGCCUUUAAGUCUUUGCAACUGUUCAACUCAGUUUUCAUAAAGACAACUCUUUGCACUCACUUACAUACCUUCUAUAUAUUGAUAUAAUGGGAGAUACCACAUGCUGGGACAGACUAUUUUAGGAGCAACCUAAGUCUUGCUAAGUGCACAACUAAAGUGGAGAGAACAGAGUUAUGUACCCUAGAAAGCAGUAAAGUUAACUAAAAGAGAGCUAUGCAUCAUCAGCAUAUUUUCAAAGGAAGGGAGCUUGUCCGUUAUUCUAGGAAGAAGGUUAAGUAGAGAGCAAUUAAAUGUAUGCCUACUAUGUGCAUGUUAACUAUUACAUGUCUUGGUAAUUUACUGUAUAAGCUAAUCACACUCCUUUCCCAUCACAUCCUUGAUGCUGGUUUCUUGAUAACUUCUCAAUUUGAAUUCUGAGCAUGUUUCAUGCAAAUCUAAAGUUUUUCUUGCUAAAGUUCUACUUGGUCUUCAAAAUUGUAAGGCUGUUAAAGUUUUUCAUUCACUAUAACUUCUGAUAUCAGUUCACUUGCAUGUACCUGUAAAUGUACUCUUAGUCCCCAAAUUUCUGUUACUCUCCUCGUGGCUCUAUAUUUCACUAUAAGCCCCUUGGAAUACGAUAGCCAUAUAGUGUAAGCAUGUGCACUAUAGCGAUGUGUAUAAAUAUGUGUGUGAACUUGUACACCAACAUCGAGUCCUCUACAUGAUGGGGAAUGUGAUGAUGCCCCUGAUACUGAAGUGUCUUGUUUGAGGUCAUAUAGUCAUACAGUGACAAAAUAAGGAUGGAACCCAUGGCUCCCACACUUAGUUGAAUUCUUCCUGUAAAAUAAUGUUAAAAGAAAAAUCAGCACAAGUAGU